AAGACUGUAAGCCCCGGCUUCCAAUGGGCCUUUGUGGGAACGGAACCCACAGUCCUCUGUCUCUGGAGCUGUCUCAAGGCAUCCUAGCAUCAAUGUUGGGGCGGCUAGCCCUGCCCUCCCUGCUGCUGGCCGUGGUCGUGUCUUCCUUCUGCCCGGCCACGUCCACGUCCGGAGAUGAAACGCGAAACCAGCUGUUGACGAGAGAGAAGAUGAUGCGGGUAGGGGGGCAGUUGGUGCUGACGCGGGAGGAGGAGCUGGCCAACCAGAGGCUCAGGGCCCUCAAGGAGGCUGAGAUGCGUGAGGCCCUGCGUACAGGGAGCAUCCUGCCCAGCAUGCACUUCUUCCAGGCCAAGAGCCUCAUUGAGAAAAGCAAGGUGUUUAACACCCUGAAGAAGAUGCCUAAAGGGGCCGCACUUCACGUCCACGACUUCAGCAUCACCAGCCCGGACUGGCUGGUGAAAAAUGCCACAUACAGACCCCACUGCUAUUUUUGCUUCACCCGGAGGGGGACCCUGCAGUUCAGAUUUGCUCAUCCUACUCCCCCCACCCCGAAGCCGGCAGAAUGUCCCCAGUGGGUUUUGCUGGAGAAGUUUCGAAAGGGGCUGCACAACGUAUCGGACUUUGACAACAGCCUGCUGAGAAAUUUCACUCUGAUGACCGAGAACCCCCACGUGACUUACGCAGACCAGGAUGCGAUCUGGGCCAAGUUCAAGACCAUCUUCUUUGUGCUGAGGGGCCUGGUGAGCUACGCACCGGUGUUCCGGGACUACCUGUCCCAGGGCCUGGAGGAGUUCUACCAAGACAACGUGCUCUACCUGGAGAUCAGAGCCUCGCUGUACCCGGUGUAUGAACUGGAUGGGACGGUCUACAGCCAAGAGUGGUUGGUGAGGACUUACGAAGAAGUGGCUCAUAAUUUUGCAAAAGCGCAUCCUGGGUUUAUUGGAAUCAAACUCAUUUUUUCAGAUAACAGAACCAAAAACGAGUCCCUCAUCAAGAAAUCCAUCCAGACAGCCAUGGGUCUUCGAGUCAAGUUCCCUGGGAUAGUGGCAGGGUUUGACCUGGUGGGGCGCGAGGACACAGGCCACACCCUGUAUGACUACAGGGAGGCUUUGAUGAUUCCAGCCUCUCAGGGCGUUCAUCUGCCUUACUUCUUCCACGCGGGAGAGACUGAUUUGGAGGGAACUCCCGUAGACAGAAAUCUUCUGGAUGCUGUGAUACUGAACUCGACCCGGAUCGGCCAUGGGUUUGCUUUGAGCAAGCACCCGGCAGUCUUGGCUGAAGCCUGGAAGAAGGACAUCCCCAUCGAAGUCUGUCCCAUCUCCAACCAGGUCCUGAAGCUGGUGUCCGACCUGAGAAACCACCCCGCCGCCGUCAUGAUGGCUGCUGGGUACCCCAUGGUGAUCAGCUCAGACGACCCCUCAGCCUUCGGGGCCAGAGGCCUGUCCUACGAUUUCUACGAGGCCUUCAUGGGCAUCGGUGGGAUGUCGGCCGACCUGAGGACGCUCAAACAGCUGGCCAUCAACUCCAUCAGGUACAGCGCCCUGUCGGAGACCAAGAAGAAGUCUGCCAUGGAGACUUGGGAGGAGAGGUGGCAGAAGUUUGUAGCUGGGCUGGCCAGGGGCCCCAAGUGA